AGUAUUUUUGGAGAAGUUAGUAAAACCGAAUCUGACAUCAUCACCUAGCAGCUCAUGCAGCUAGCAAGUGGUUUGUUCUUAGGGUAACAGAGGAGGAAAUUGUUCCUCGUCUGAUAAGACAACAGUGGAGAAAGGACGCAUGCUGUUUCUUAGGGAUACGGCUGACUUCCAGAUAUGACCAUGUAUUUGUGGCUUAAACUUUUGGCAUUUGGCUUUGCCUUUCUGGACGCAGAAGUAUUUGUGACAGGGCAAGGCUUAACACCUUCCCCCAUUGGACCGAGAACGACAAAGAUGCCCAGUGUUCCACUUUCAAGUGACCCCUUACCUACUCACACCACUGCAUUCUCACCCGCAAGCAUCUCUGAAAGAGAAAAUGACUUCUCAGAGACCACACCAUCUCUUAGUUCAGACAAUACUUCAACCCAAGUAUCCCCGGACUCUUUGGAUAACGCUAGUGCUUUUAAUAUGACAGGUGUUUCAUCAGCACAGACGCCUCACCUUCCCACGCAUGCAGACUCGCAGACGCCCUCUACUGGAACUGACACGCAGACACUCAGCGGCUCCGCCGCCAAUACCGCACUCAGCCCUACCCCAGGCAGCAAUGAUAUCUCAGAUGUCUCAGGAGAGAGGAGUACAGCCAGCACCUUUCCUACAGACCCAAUUUCCCCAUUAGCAACCACCCUCAUCCCUGCACGCAACAGCUCUGCUGCCUUAUCUGCACGCACCUCCAACACCACCAUCACAGCGAACACCUCAGAUUCCUACCUUAAUGCCUCUGAAACAAUGACUCUGAGCCCUUCUGGAAGCACUGUCAUUUCAACCCCAACAAUAGCUACUACUCCAUCCAAGCCAACAUGUGCUGAAAAAUAUGCAAACAUCUCUGUGGAUUACUUAUAUAACAACAAAACUAAAUUAUUUACAGCAAAGCUAAAUGUUAAUGAGAAUGUGGAAUGUACAAACAAUAAUCACACACACAAUAUUUGCACAAACAAUGAGGUGCUUAAUCUUCCAGAAUGUAAAGAAAUGAACGUUUUCGUAUCUCAUAAUUCAUGUACAGAUCAUCAUAAAGAAUUAAAAUUAGAUGUGCCACCAGAGGUUGAAAAGUUUCGGUUAGAUGAUUGUACACCCAUUGUAGAAGCAAAUACCACUAUUUGUUUAAAAUGGAAAAUUACUGAAACCUUUGCUUGUGAUAAAAGUAAAAUUGCCUACAGAUUUCAAUGUGGUAAUGAAACAUAUAAUAAGGAAGGCAUUUAUUUAAAAAACCUUGAACCUGAAUAUGAGUAUAAGUGUGACUCAGAAAUACUCUAUAAUGACCACAAGUAUAUUAACAUAACCAAACUUAUAAAAACAGAUUUUGGGAUUCCAGGACAGCCUCAGAAUGUUGUUUGUAGACAUGAAGAUGCACAUCAAGGAGUAAUUACCUGGAAUCCCCCUCAAAGAUCAUUUCAUAAUUUUACUCUCUGUUAUGUAAACAAGACAGCAAAAAUAUGCCUCAAUCUGGAUAAACACCUGACAACAUAUCAUUUGCAAAAUUUGAAACCUUAUACAAACUAUAGUUUAUCAUUACAUGCCUACAUCAUUGCAAAAGUGCAACGUAAUGGAACUGCUGCAGCAUGUACUUUCACAACUGAAAGUGCACGUGACUUUCGGAUUAAAACUGUUUUCAUCCUUGCCUAUUAUCACAAUGGAAAAUAUUCUGGAGAACCAGUUAUUUUACAUGAAUCAACAUCUUAUAAUUCUAAGGCACUGAUAGCAUUUCUGGCAUUUCUGAUUAUUGUGACAUCAAUAGCCCUACUUGUUGUUCUCUAUAAAAUCUAUGAUCUACAUAAGAAAAGAUCCUGCAAUUUGGAUGAACAACAGGAGCUUGUUGAAAGGGAUGAUGAAAAACAACUGAUGAAUGUGGAGCCAAUCCAUGCAGAUAUUUUGUUGGAAACUUAUAAGAGGAAGAUUGCUGAUGAAGGAAGACUUUUUCUGGCUGAAUUUCAGAGCAUCCCGCGGGUGUUCAGCAAGUUUCCUAUAAAGGAAGCUCGAAAGCCCUUUAACCAGAAUAAAAACCGUUAUGUUGACAUUCUUCCUUAUGAUUAUAACCGUGUUGAACUCUCUGAGAUAAAUGGAGAUGCAGGGUCAAACUACAUAAAUGCCAGCUAUAUUGAUGGUUUCAAAGAACCCAGGAAAUACAUUGCUGCACAAGGUCCCAGGGAUGAAACCGUUGAUGAUUUCUGGAGGAUGAUUUGGGAACAGAAAGCCACAGUUAUUGUCAUGGUCACUCGAUGUGAAGAAGGAAACAGGAACAAGUGUGCAGAAUACUGGCCGUCAAUGGAAGAGGGCACUCGGGCUUUUGGAGAUGUUGUUGUAAAGAUCAACCAGCACAAAAGAUGUCCAGAUUACAUCAUUCAGAAAUUGAACAUUGUAAAUAAAAAAGAAAAAGCAACUGGAAGAGAGGUGACUCACAUUCAGUUUACCAGCUGGCCAGACCACGGGGUGCCUGAGGAUCCUCACUUGCUCCUCAAACUGAGAAGGAGAGUGAAUGCCUUCAGCAAUUUCUUCAGUGGUCCCAUUGUGGUGCACUGCAGUGCUGGUGUCGGGCGCACAGGCACCUAUAUCGGAAUUGAUGCCAUGCUAGAAGGCCUGGAAGCUGAGAACAAAGUAGAUGUUUAUGGUUACGUUGUCAAGCUAAGGCGACAGAGAUGCCUGAUGGUUCAAGUAGAGGCCCAGUACAUCUUGAUCCAUCAGGCUUUGGUUGAAUACAAUCAGUUUGGAGAAACAGAAGUGAAUUUGUCUGAAUUACAUCCAUAUCUACAUAACAUGAAGAAAAGGGAUCCACCCAGUGAGCCAUCUCCACUAGAGGCUGAAUUCCAGAGACUUCCUUCAUAUAGGAGCUGGAGGACACAGCACAUUGGAAAUCAGGAAGAAAAUAAAAAUAAAAACAGGAAUUCUAAUGUCAUCCCAUAUGACUAUAACAGAGUGCCACUUAAACAUGAGCUGGAAAUGAGUAAAGAGAGUGACCAUGAUUCAGAUGAAUCCUCUGAUGAUGACAGUGAUUCAGAGGAACCAAGCAAAUACAUCAAUGCAUCUUUUAUAAUGAGCUACUGGAAACCUGAAGUGAUGAUUGCUGCUCAGGGACCACUGAAGGAGACCAUUGGUGACUUUUGGCAGAUGAUUUUCCAAAGAAAAGUCAAAGUUAUUGUUAUGCUGACAGAACUGAAACACGGAGACCAGGAAAUCUGUGCUCAGUACUGGGGAGAAGGAAAGCAAACAUAUGGAGAUAUCGAAGUUGACAUGAAAGACACAAACAAAUCUUCAACUUACACCCUUCGUGUCUUUGAACUGAGACAUUCCAAGAGGAAAGACUCUCGAACUGUGUACCAGUACCAAUAUACAAACUGGAGUGUGGAGCAGCUUCCUGCAGAACCCAAGGAAUUAGUCUCUCUGAUUCAGGUCCUCAAAGAAAAACUUCCCCAGAAGAAUUCCUCCGAAGGGAACAAGCAUCACAAGAGUACACCUCUCCUCAUUCACUGCAGGGAUGGAUCUCAGCAAACAGGAAUAUUUUGUGCUUUGUUAAAUCUCUUAGAAAGUGCGGAAACAGAAGAGGUAGUGGAUAUUUUUCAAGUGGUAAAAGCUCUACGCAAAGCUAGGCCUGGCAUGGUUUCCACAUUUGAGCAGUACCAAUUCCUAUAUGACAUCAUUGCCAGCACCUACCCUGCUCAGAAUGGACAAGUAAAGAAAAACAACCCUCAAGAAGAUAAAAUUGAAUUUGAUAAUGAAGUGGACAAAGUAAAGCAGGAUGCUAAUUGUGUUAAUCCACUUGGUGCCACAGAAAAGCUCCCUGAAGCAAAGGAACAGGCUGCAGGUUCUGAACCCACAAGUGGCACUGAGGGGCCAGAACAUUCUGUCAAUGGUCCUGCAAGUCCAGCUUUAAAUCAAGGUUCAUAGGAAAAGACAUAAAUGGGGAAACUCCAAAACUCCUGUUAGCUGUUAUUUCUAUUUUUCUAGAAGUAGGAAGUGAAAAUGGUAUACAGUGGAUUAAUUAAAUGCAUUGAACCAAUAUUUGUGGAAGGGUUCUAUUUUACUACUGUGGAAAAAUAUUUAAGAUAGUUUUGCCAGAACAGUUUGUACAGACGUAUGCUUAUUUUAAAAUUUUAUUUCUUAUUCAGUAAGAAACAACUUCUUGUAAUCUUUACAUGUGUAUGUGUAUGUGUGUAUGUGUGUGUUUGUGUGAGAGACAGAGAAAGAGAAUUCUUUCAAGUGAAUCUAAAAGCUUUUGUUUUGCCUUUUUGUUUUUAUCAAGAAAAAAUACAUUUUAUAUUAGAAGUGUUUACUUAGCUUGAAGGAUCUGUUUUUAAAAUCAUAAACUGUGUGCAGACUAUAAAAUCAUGUACAUUUCUAAAAUGACCUCAAGAUGUCCUCCUUGUUCUACUCAUAUAUAUCUUAUAUAUCUUAUAUAGUUCAAGAUUUUACUUCUAGAGAUAGUACAUAAAAGUGGUAUGUGUGUGUAUAGCUACUACAAAAGAGUUAACUAAAUUAACAUUUGGAAAUCUUAUAUUCCAUAUAUUAUCAUUUAAUCCAAUAUCUUUUUAAGCUUAUUUAAUUAAAAAAUUUCCAGUGAGCUUAUCUGGCUCUCUUUACAUGGGGUUUACAAUUUUUUAUCAUCUAUUAUUCCCUGUACAAUAUUUAAAAUUUAUUGCUUGAUACUUUUGACCACGAAUUAUGUUUUGUACAAUUGAACUUAAAUAAACGUCAUUAAAAUAAACCAAUGCAAUAUGUAUUAAUAUUCAUUGUAUUAAAAUAAAAAAAUACAAAUAUAUUUGUUAAAUGUUUACAUAUGAAAUAUAACAUAGCUAUUUUUAUGGAAUUUUUCAUUGAUAUGAAAAAUAUAAUAUUGCAUAUGCAUAGGUCCCAUGUUAAAUACCAUUCAUAACUUUCAUUAAAGCAUUUACUUUGAACUUCUCCAAUGCUUAGAUUCUUUUUACCGGGAAUGGAUAUCACUAAUCAUAAUAAAAUUCAAUGAUUAUUUUUUUCUUGUUUA